GGGUACGUAUGUAUGAGGAUUGCUAUUGAACAAUAAAGCCCUCUUACGCUGUGUUAUAAUACCAGAAAAUACGACUCGAGUCGACAACUCGCUCGGUGAUAUCCCUCAACCUGCCAUGUCCUCCUCCAUCACCCUCUAAGACCCUAAAUAUGAGACUCACCAACAGUGCGGUGCCAGUCUACACUGUUGCGGGUGCCUCGACUUCACGAAGCCUUCCAGACUGGCUAUCAGAGAAACAAAAACGAAAGAAGGAUCCGGAGUUUGCCAAUAGGGUAGAACUAUUACAAGAUUUCGAGUUCGAGGAGGCGAGUCAAUGUAUUCGCAUCAGCGAAGAUGGUGAAUGGGCCAUGAGCACAGGCACUUACAAGCCACAAAUACAUACACACUACCUGCCUAACCUGGCCCUUUCCUGGACGAGACAUACGAACACACUUAACAAAACCUUCCUUUUUCUCUCGUCGGACUAUUCCAAAACCGUGCACCUCCAAGAAGACCGGUCUAUCGAAUUUCACACUCCUGGAGGCCGCCAUGAUUCUCUUAGAAUACCAAGAUAUGGCCGAGAUCUUGCAUAUGAUAGGAGUGGUACAGAGUUGCUUGUUCCUGCGGUCGGGGUCAACAGCAAUGGAAUGGGCGAGGCUUUUCGGAUAAAUCUGGAGCUUGGCCGCUUCUUGAACGCUUUCGAGGUUGAUGUCGGAGGAGAUGACCUGAAUUCUGUCGGUGGGGGCGCAUUACAAGGAGGCAUCGGAGCAGGCUCCGUGAAUACAGCAGCAAUCGCUGAAGGGAGCCACAAUCUGUUCGCUUUUGGAACGUCGAUAGGCACAGUCGAAUACUGGGAUACUCGAUCGAGAGCACGGGUUGCGACACUAGCCCUGCCAUCCGACUUUGAUGGUCGCCCUGAGGUCACAGCACUCAAAUUCCACAGGUCUGGCAUCAGCACUGCCGUUGGCACCUCUUCUGGCAUGAUCUAUCUAUAUGAUCUACGAUCUCCUGUGCCAACCUUGAAGAAAGACCAGGGUUACGGAUACCCUAUUAUCUAUCUUGAAUAUCUGAGCGCGUCAAGCGCAACUCGGGACACUGUUUUCGAGCCCAAGAUCGCCUCAGCAGAUCGACGUAUCCUAAAAUUAUGGGACGAGCGAGACGGGACGCCUUGGACUUCUGUGGAGCCGGAGGUUGAUAUCAACUGUGUAGCAUGGUGCAAGGACAGCGGCAUGUUUUUGACGGCAAAUGAAGGUCGUCAUCAGCAUUCGUUCUUCAUCCCACAACUUGGCCCUGCUCCAAAAUGGUGCUCCUUUCUCGAUAACGUGGUCGAAGAAAUGGCCGAUGAUCCAAAUGAUCCCCACGCUUUCUCACGUUCAAAGGUUGGGGAGGUCUAUGACAACUACAAAUUCCUCACUUCAUCUCAGCUACGUAUGCUCAAUCUCGACCAUCUUGUUGGUAAAACAAAUCUUCUGAGGCCGUAUAUGCACGGCUUCUUUGUUGCGCAAGGUCUGUACGACCAGGCUAGGUUGAUUGCAAAUCCCUCUAGUUGGGAAGAAGAAAGAGCCAAACGAGUCCAAGAAAAGAUCGACAAGGAGCGUGAGAGCAGGAUUCGUGGAAAGAAAAAGGUUGCUGCCAAGGUCAACCGAAAGAUGGCCGAGAGGAUUCUUGAGCGCGAGGAGAAGAACGAGAGAAAACGCGCCCAACGUGUUCUGGCGCAAGGUGGCGAUGAAAGCACUGCGGCGGAGGCUACCGAGCCCGAAGAGAAAGGCCUGCUUGCCGACUCUCGAUUUGCUAAACUGUUUCAAGAUGAAGAUUUCGCGGUGGAUGAAACUUCCAGAGAAUUCCAGCAGCUUAAUCCUAGCACUAAAACCGCUCCAGCUUCUAAUCUGGAUAGAGAGAAGGGGCUCACUGCCGUCGAGGAGGAAGCCCUUGAUGAGCUUUCCGGGUCAAGUGACGACGAGGUUACCGACGAGGAGAAGGGAAGAAGUAGGUACCGAACAACAGACAGGAUCUCUUCGGCGGACUACAGACGAGGGUCAACGAGGAAGCAAAAGAAGCGUGACCAGCUGCGGAUGCAAGUAUCCUCAACAUCGAAAUCCUCCACAAGUCGACCUCACCAUGAUCGCUCCUUCGGCUCUCGGGCAGAGAAUGCUCGGCCCAUAUCACGCACUAAGCGCGGUUCUAGACUUAGUGGUCCUGUUGGGGACAAGGUCAUUUCAUUCGAGCCCAGUGUCAAGAAGUCGAAGGCCCCAGAGAGAAAGAGCGAAGGCGUGUCGAAGCAAGAUCGAAGAAGUGCUUCUGGCAACACAUUCAGACGCAUAUGAGGGUCGAGAAUGCCCAUACCAAGUCCAUCGUUGGAAAUAAAAUUUGUUGGGCUGUUGGAUCGUCUGAUGCACCAUACUGUGACCUCAUAAGGCACAAAAACAGAGACGCUUUCAAUAAUGAAUUAGCCAUGAAAUCGAAUUCAGCGCUAUGCAGCUGAUUGACAUGGUUUGCGGGUCUACGCUGUGAACAGUCCAGCUGAGUUUGGUUUCAAGAUGGCCAAUCUUAGCGUUAGAUUGCGCCCUUGCACUAACGGUGACGAAUCGCAUGUCCAAAUGAAGGAAAUAUAGAAAACUCAAUUGCCAGAACAGAUCUAUAAACCAAAACGCUUGCUCAAUCAGAUCACAACUGGAAUUUGCUGCCUUGGUGCGGUUACUGAGCAGCCGCAAUCUUCCUCCUACGCUCCGCCACUCCGGCUUGAACAUCAGCAUUGACUCUUUCAAUAGCCUCUCUUGCACCAUCCCACUUCUGCCGUCCGUUUGGCCUUUUCGGUUCGAACAAUCGAUACACAUGUGGCGACCAAACACCGUGACAGAGCAUUUUCGAGAAUUUCGGAUCCGACCAGUAUAAUUUCCAUGCUCUUGGACUAAAGAAGUCCAGAUAGCUGCUCAGUUCACAACCAGCAGUGUCUUGAACCCACGAAUGCCACGGUCCGUUACGAACACUCAGUUUGACAAAUUUGCCGUACGGGCUGAGUGAGCGAAGAGUGCUCACGUACGAUAAAUGCUCAGAGUACCAAUUCUCCAUUUUAGUCUGCGAUGGAAGAGUUGGAGUGUCAGGCUUGUUGGACCACAGUUGUGCGAUUGCCAUGGUUGAAAGGUCGGACAGGAGGAAUGCAGGAAAUAUAAUGACGGCAACGCCGACAAAUGCAAGGCUUGAAGGGUACUCGAGGGAGAAUAUGUUCUGAUAAAGGCGCGGCGUCUCGGUCAGAUUGACGCUUGACACAGCUCUGGCAGACUCGACGUCUAGAGAGCGCGUGGGAUCAUAUUUUCCCAGAAAAGAGUAGUCCAGUGAAUACCCUGUGCAGAAAAUGAUAGUGUCUACAUUGACGACAGUUCUGUCGUCGAGUUCGACUCGGUGGUCGUCAAGGACUCGCUUCGGCGCGUGCACAGAUUCGAUCUUGCCUGCAGCCAGUGCUGGGAUGAGUGUGUCGGACACAGUUGGAUUCUGGUGCAAGACCGAGGGAGGUGGAUCCAGACGCCAUUCAGGCUGGAAGGCCCCAAACUGUUUUCGCUGAAUAUUAGCACUCACAUUGUCCAUGAACUUGAUCGACAGACUCGGUGCGAGGCGGUCGAGGGCGUCUUUGAUUUCCAUCUUCCGGUAACUGAGCGAGUGGUCUAGCGAAGUCCCGUCCUUCAGGUAACGAGGCAGGAUCAAUGCGCCUCUACGGUGUGAGAAAUAUAUCUUGCUCGCGAUGCCGAUCAGCGUUGUCGAUGUGUCAGCUGCGGAAUUACUUGCUCCAACGACCAUGACACGCUUGCCCUUGAAAAGCUCAGGCUGUUUGUACGCGAUGGAAUGAAUGAUCUCUCCUUUGAACAGUUCACGGCCAGGUAAUUCAGGCAUGACGGGUUUGUUGUGUGGUCCGUUGGCUAUGAUGAGUUUGUCGAACGUCAAUACCUCGGGUUUUUGGGUAUUCGGAAAGCGGACGGUCAAACGCCAGCAGUUGUUGGCCUCGUCCCGCUCGACAGAUUGGACAUUAGUGGAGAGGCGGAGAUGUUGACGGAGAUCGAACGCAUCAGCAUAGCUGUUGAGGUAUUGGUCGACCUCCGCAGCUGUUGGAUGGGAGUUUGUCCCAGGUGGAAAUGCGAAGUCUGUAAAGCACCCGCGUUCUCGGGAUAUAUUGACAACCGUGGACGAAAGAGCAGAGACAUGGUGUAGGGUUGAAUAGUGCCAUAUCCCUCCAAUGUAAUCAUUA